AUGAACCAAUUAUCUGAUACUCCUAACGAUGUAUCGGAUUUGAAAUGGUUGGCAUAUGGGUCAAAGACGCAAGUUCUUUCCUAUGAGGGGUGUAGUGAUGGAGAUGAGAUAAUGCGUGAUGCAUCUGAUGAGCCCCAGAUUACUGAUGCAGCUGUUACGAAGAAGAAAAGUAGGCCAAGAGGUCCUACAAAAGGGAUACGUUCCAAACCCGGCAUUCAGAGAGUUCUUGCUUGGGAUGAGUGGAUACGUCCGAUUGGGCGCUAUGCUGGUGAGUACAAGAUAUAUUGUGGGGAGAUCAGUAGAAGCAAAGUGUCUAUCUUGUACGACACUUGGGAUGAUGUUCCAGAAGGCACACAAAACACUUUGUGGGAAGAUGCUAAAAGAGAGUUUGGAAUAGAAGAGGAUGUUUUGAAGAAACGAGAUGUCUUGACUACAUGUGAUAAACGGUGGAGAGAUUUCAAGUCAAGAUUGGUGACCAGAUGGAUCACGAAAACGAGGAAGGGCCUAACAAUGAUAGGCGACCAUACGUGA